AUGGCAGAUAACGCAUGGGAGGCUAAAGCCGCCGCGAAGCGGUCCAGCGCUCUCGCCUGUAUCCCAAAGGAAUGGAGACUUUGCGCGGACGCUCUUUUGCGGCUCCAAACGCCCAUCGAGAAUUGUCCAAACAAUCUCUUCGCAUUGGACAUCAUCAGAGCCUCCCAAAUUCUCACGCCCAAAGAACUGCAAAUUACAGAAAAAUACACAGUUUCGGAGCUACUCGAUGCCCGAGGCGGGAUCGCCGGGCCGCUUCAUGGCCUGCCCAUCAGCAUCAAGGACAGCUUCCAGAUUGCAGGCACACAGGCGACGAUUGGUCUCGUCUCUUAUCUGCCCAGGGUAUCUGAAGCCAACUCGCCACUCGUGAAUUUGCUUUUGGAGCUCGGUGCUGUCCUCUAUGUGAAAACUAACAUCCCCCAGACCCUGAUGACAGCUGAUUCGCAUAAUAAUGUGUUUGGCCGGGUUCUGAACCCAUGGAACACCAUGCUCACUGCAGGGGGAUCUAGCGGCGGAGAAGGGGCGCUGGUCGCGCUCCACGGCUCACCGCUGGGUAUCGGAACAGAUGUGGCUGGUUCAAUCCGGAUUCCCUCGCUCUGCUGUGGCACGUACGGAUUCAAGCCCAGCUCAAGCCGCAUACCUUACGGAGGUCAGGCUGGCUGCGCCAAUCCCGGGCUUAGGUCUAUUACGCCAGUCGCUGGUCCCUUGGCAAACGACCUGGACGCUUUGGAGAUUCUCGCGAGAGCGGUCAUUAGUGCGACACCAGCUCGACUGGACUUCACAACCAUCGAUGUCCUGUGGAGAGACUUGCCACCAAUUAGCACCAGGCUACGCUUCGGACUGAUAGCCGAAGAUCCUCUCUACCCGCUCCAUCCACCGGUCCGGCGAGCUAUGGAUCAAGCAGUCGACGCCCUGAGGAGACAUGGGCACGAAGUCGUGCAGCUAAAUGCAGAUUCCUGUCAUAUAGCUGAUGCAGCAGAAGUGGCUUGGAAGCUCUGGAGCCUAGACGAGCAAGCUGCGAGCAUUGUCAAGGCAGCUGGCGAGCCUACGGUACCAUCAAGGAUCCGGAUCGCGCGAGAAGCCGAGCAGAUGGAGUGGUAUUUCGUGCCAGAUCUCAGCGGAUUAGAUGGGCUGGAGAAACUUUGCAGUCUCAAUAUUAAGCGCUCAGAGAUUAGUGCGGACUGGCAUCGAGUCUGGACGACACAUAAGCUCGAUGCUGGCAUUGGCCCUCCGGCAGCGCACACAGCAGUUGAGCACGACACAUAUGGUGUACCUGCUUACACCAACCUCUUGAACAUCCUCGAGUAUCCCGCCUGCGUGCUACCAUUCGAACGGGCCAAUAGCAGCGACACGCCUCAUAUCUUCGAGCCGAAGCCAGGACAAGGAGGCCCUCCGUACCAUCCCGAUGCUCUUGAUGGCGCGCUUUGUUCCAUCCAGAUCUUUACGAGCCGGAUGCGUGACGAAGAAUGUCUUGCUGUGGCGAAGGUGGUCGACGUGGCGCUGAAGGCUCAAGGCUAG